AUGGCGUGGAGCGAGCAGGAGACGCUUUGUCUCAUCCGCUUAUGGAGCAAUGAUGGUAUCCAAGCGCAAAUAGAAGGUUGUAAAAGGAACAGAGAGGUUAUCGAUACAUUAGCAGCUGGAAUGACAGAUGAAGGCUACGUUUGUACGGGUGUUCAAUGCCGAAAUAAAAUAAAGAAACUAAAAGCGGAUUACAGAAAAAUCAAGGAUAACAAUAACGAAACUGGACGACAACGCCGUUCUACGAGAAUUUUUGAAGCCAUGAACGAAAUUCUUGGCUGCAGACCUGCCACUCAUCCUCCUGUCUUGUUGGAUACUCUUGAAGAAGAACUACACGUAGAAGUCGAGGAGGAAACUCUCAGGUCAGCAACAGAACCAUCUACGCCAGCAAGUGCUCCAGGAGAUGUUACAGCUGAGCUACCUAGUCGUGAAGAAAUUGAAGCGGGCAGCUCACAGUCUCAGAGUUUCCAUGUGCAGAACACAACUACUAAAAAGAAAGGACUGAAACAGCGUUACGAGGAUUGUAAAGCAAUAGGGCGUGAUGCAAAAAUGAAAGACAUGACUGACACUAUGAUGAAAACAAUAAAGGAGGUGAAAGAGGUGGAUUCAUCACUGUUGAUUGAGUUGGAGGAAAGAGGAUGA